AGUUUAGUUUGUAAACAAGAAGCAACCAUCGAGAGCUACCCAGUUGUAUUUAACAAAUUUUAAGUCCUUAACAAAUAAACAGAACAAGCAAAUAGUGUCUAAAAUGGCUGCCAAAGUACCAAAUGUGAAACUUAACAACGGCAAGGAAAUUCCAAUCCUUGGCCUGGGAACCUGGGGCAGCCCCAAGGGUGAGGUCACCGAAGCUGUGAAAAUUGCCAUUGAUGCCGGAUAUAGGCACCUCGACUGUGCGCUUGUCUACCAGAAUGAGGAUGAGGUGGGAGAGGGCAUUGAGGCCAAGAUCAAGGAGGGUGUGGUCAAGCGCGAGGAUCUGUUCAUCACCAGCAAGCUGUGGAACACUUUCCAUAGCCCGAGUCUAGUCAAGCCUGCUCUGCAGAGCACUUUGAGUGCACUGAAGCUUAAGUACCUCGAUCUGUACCUUAUUCACUCGCCCAUUGGAUUCAAAGAGGGCGACGGUCUGUUCCCUACCGAUAAAGACGGCAAGCCCCUGCACUCAUCAGUAGACUAUGUCGAUACGUGGAAGGCCAUGGAGAAGCUGGUGGAGGAAGGGUUGGUCAAGUCCAUUGGUGUUUCGAACUUCAACAAGAGGCAGAUUGAGCGCGUGCUAGAGGUGGCCAAAAUCCCACCGGUAACCAACCAGGUCGAGUGCCACCCAUAUCUGAACCAGAAAAAACUGACCGAUUUCUGCAAGUCGAAGGAUAUUACGAUCACAGCCUACAGUCCUUUGGGAUCUCCCAACCAUCCAUGGUUCAAGGCUGGCGACCCGGUCAUCCUAGAAGAGCCUAAGAUCAAGGAGAUUGCUACCAAGAAAAACAAGACACCUGGACAGAUCCUCAUUCGUUACCAGGUGCACAUCGGCAACAUUGUUAUCCCCAAGUCGGUGAACAAGGAUCGCAUCGAGUCCAACUUCCAGGUCUUUGACUUCGAGCUGACACCCGAGGAAAUCAAAACCAUCGAGGGCUUCGAAUGCAACGGUCGCCUUUUUGCCCGGCCUGACCACCUCGGUCACCCCCACCACCCUUUCGAGAAUGAUGAAUACUAGAAGACUGCACAGAUGAGAGCUUAAACUUAUAAUUUGUUAAUUAAUCAUUUAAUCUGUAAUUGUACGAAUAACAAAUUGAAAUUUA